AUGGUGAUGGAGGAUAGUUCACUGGGGUUUGCCUGCGUCGAGGGUUCCAGCCUUCAUCUAUGGUCAAGGAAGGUGAAUGCAGAAGGAGAUGCAGAGUGGGCACGGUGCAGGGCCAUCCAGCUGGAGAGUAUUAUACCUGUUGCCAAUUCUGAUGACAAACCAUUUGUGGUUGGAUGUGCAGAGGGUGUGGGUGUCAUAUUCGUCAGCACAGGCGUUGGCUUAUUCACAAUCAAGCUAGAUUCUGGGCUUGUUAAGAAGGUUGCCGAGUCUGGGGUCUACUUCAGCGUCCUACCCUACAUGAGCUUCUAUACUCCAGAUCGCGGUAGAUUUCCAUCCCUGGCGGAGAUCACUGAUGUCUGA